UUCGACACACAAAACUGAGGCGGUAACAAAAAGUGGGUGGAUUCUGGACAUGGUCACAUUUAGAGGGUAGCAGAACUCUUUCUGUACAUGACUGGAGAAACUUGUUUCGUUUUGGUCCUACAGUAAUAGAAAAGGGAUUACACUGUGGCACUAAGCGUAAUUUUGGGUGACCACGACUACAGUAUACAGAAAUGCUGGGACCUAACCGAAUCACACAACUGCGUAUAUUUUACUGCACUGGAUUAAAAUGUGCAGUUAUGAGGGAUCAAACCUUGCUUAUUUAAGUCUGAAAUGAGACUAUCGAACGCGACGCUUCGGUGGCUUUCUGAUAGUAGAUAAACAUUACAAAGAAAAUAUACUGCAAAAAUGCAAAACUCAAGUGACUGACGUGUAUUAUUUGUUAGUUUUGAAAAUAGUGGUACCGCUUGUUGCAACUAAAGUUUAUUACACUGUUUGCAGUUUCACUGCCCAAAGAAUCCACAAGGAUGCCAACAGAAGAUAAAGAAAACUUAAGCAUCUUGGUUAAUCCAACCACUUCCCACAUUUACAGUUUAAACGGAUCUUACAAUGUAAACGUGUCCUUUGGUUAUGCUUUCAACAAUACCUUACUAAACAGUACCCUUUUAGACUUUCCACUAACUGCAAGGAUAAUUUUGUCUGUACUGUAUUCAUGUGUCUGCGCUGUGGGACUUGUUGGGAAUGUAUUGGUAAUGCACCUGCUACGGACUGCGAAAGGAAGGAAAACUUCUACAAUAAAUUUCUUCGUGUUUAAUUUAGCCCUGACGGAUUUUUGUUUUUCUCUAACUUUACCAUUUUGGGCUGUAGAGGUGGUUUUGGACUACCACUGGCCUUUUGGGAACGUAAUGUGCAAGAUGAUAUCCUCUCUUGCAACUCUUUACAUGUACUCUGGUGCCUUUUUUCUGACCGCGAUGGCAGCCACUCGGUACUGGUCGGUGGUAUCGGCCCUGAGACCGAGAACCAGGCUAUCCGUUUGCUCUAUCAAGUGGAUUGCAUUAUUGAUUUGGGUAGUGGCAUGCUGUGCCUCCCUUCCACCUCUCAUAUUCUCCAGAAGUAUACAGGUGCAUGGAGUGGAAAUGUGCAUCCAGAAAUUUCCAGGACUUAAAUGGCUGGGUAUCUACCACAUUCAAAAGCUUAUGCUGGGGUUCAUAAUACCCUUCUCCGUUGUAAGUACGUGCUACAUUAUGCUUCUUUGCUUUUUAAACCAGCAGCAUCUAACAGCACAGAACCCCCAGAGACAGAACAGGAUUACCAAAUCUGUUACCAUAGUUGUUAUGUCUUUUUUCAUUUGCUGGAUACCCAAUCACAUCAUAACCUUUUGGGGAGCUCUGGUUAAACUAGACGUUGUGCCAUGGAGUCACGCCUAUUACUUUACUCAGACUUACAUUUUCCCGAUUUCGAUUUGUUUUACCGAUGCUGGUAGCUGCUUGAACCCGGUUAUCUACUGCUUGAUGAGGAAGGAAUUUCGCAAAGCUCUCAAAGUAACCUUUUGGAAAUUCUCUACAUCUUCCUUUUCUCAGACUUGCUUGAUUUAUGCUGGAUGUAGGGUCAAAGAACAGGAUAACUUUGUGGUUUUGCCUCUAAAUGGGAUGGACAGUCAAAGUUGUCCUCAGCCAUCCCACAUCUACAGUAAAAGAUACACUACGCAUUCCACUACCACCACAGCCCUGCAGAAACUGUAGUCAGUUUUCUACUUUAACAAGUUCCUUACUUAACACCCCUUCCGCAGUCAGAAACUGCUGGGUCGUGAAUCUUUUAAUAACCAAACCUAGAUGCACCAAGGGAGCAAACAGACUUUACCGUACCCUUUUGAUAAAAAGUGUGGAUUUCGCGUAUGUGCGUGUGUGUGCGUGCGUGUGAGUGUUUUCGGGAUGUUGCUAAGCUAAUUUCUUAACAGAUACUGAACAACCAGUGAUCGAAGAAAAUUAAAACAUAAAGUUCAAAGGGAUUAGUAUUAAUACACCUGAGAGAUAGUGGAUAUUUCAAAAUUGUUAAUAUAUUAACUGGAAGAACUAGACUUUGGCAGCUCUUUAAACCAGUGACGUUCACCUUUUUUAUGAAGCUCUCUAAACGUGUGCAGACUUGCUUGAUUACCUGAUAUAGGGCUGUACUGUUGCAAAGAUCUGUAUCAGGACCAAACAGUUAUUGAUAUAGUAGAAGGUCAGCAAGGCUUGUUAGCACAAACUGUAACAUUAGGAGCGUGCAACAGUACAACCUCCUGCAAGUGUUUGUACAAGAUGAAUAGAUAAGCACUGUGCGGGGUGGGAAGUUAUAAAUUACCUGAGACAGACUGUUUAAGAAAAGAUUUCCUGUAAAUUAAAAAAAAAAAAAAAAAAAAAACUUCAUCACAGGGAAGGAGAUGGCUGUUGUCAAGGCUUGAUCUAAUUAACUUAACCAAGACUUUUCGUUUGGAAAUAAUAUUUACAUGUUAAAGCAGAUUGAGACUUAAUAUAUUUCAGAUAUUUUACGGGGGGGUUUCUGACGUCUAAGAAUGAGGAGAUUGGAACUCACGAGAUACGCGUGGAAAGAAAAGAACAAUUAAAACAGACAUUUAACGGAGCCCUUACAGCUAAAUGGCUGUCAUCAGGACCGAGCUGACCAUAGUUAAUAUUCUGAAUGUGCAUACAGAGCACUCAGUGACAGAAAUCACAGAAAACAGAGAUAAUAAAAUCUGCCUACUUGAACAGCGUUAGGUACAGACUGCUUUGCAAAGGCAGUGGCAAAAGGCAGUGUGUGGAUUCAAUACAAUGAGCUUGGAAUGCAGGGUAACGUUCAUGCACGGUUUUAUCAGCAUACAUGGUCCACUGACUCAUACUUUUAUAUUUUAGUUUUAAUUCCUUGGCCCAGUCCACGCAGUUUUUUUUUUCUAUCACUAAGUGUAGUAUUUACGUUUCAUAAAUAUAUUCAUCUUUUUGGAGGGAGGAAGGGUAUACUAGAGGAGAACCUCAGUAGAAUGUUUGUCGUUUUCAGCUUCCUAAUGAGGGGCAAGUAAGUAGCUGAAACACCACAACCAAGAAAACGUGUUGCAGCCCCACCUAUCAUAUGUGAAGACUUUCUUCUUUAUUAUUCAGGGAUGCACUUUUUUGUAACACACACACACACACUCACACACACACACACACGCACACACUAUGUGUGCAUUAUUUUUACCCUCAGAAACCAAUACGAUAACCCGUAAUAUUAAAUAGCAAACACCUAGGGUAAUUUUUGAAAAAAAAUAUCACACAUAUAGGGUACUGACUGAAGCAUGUAGUAUUAAUGUAUUCUUCUUAAGAACAACGUUCAGAAAGUUAAUUUAGUGGAAUGGUUUUUGGCUUGCUAAUAUAUGGAAUUCAUAAAUUUGUUUAAACAGACUAUUACUUACUACAUGCACAUGAUAUGUGAUAAUAUUAGCAACACAUUACCUUUGUGAAAGGUUUGAACUUUAUAUUAGUGGAAUAUAUAGGUAGACUGUGCGAAAACAUUUAAGAGAAAGAAAGGAAACAUACUUGAGUAUGCCAAUUAAUGUCUGCAGAAUAAUGUGUAGUGGAUGUUUUUUCUUCUUUCAGCUUUUUCCCAGUUAGGGAUCACCACAGCAGACCAUCUGUCGGCUUAUGACUGGCAGU